UUCCUGGUUUGGGUGGUAGUCAAGCUUAUUGCAAACCUAAGGAUGUGGGCAGUUCUUUUGCUCCAUUUAAUCUCUGGAUCAACUUUUUUCACAUGUUAUUACCUAACAAAGUAUUCGAUUACUUCAGGUAAACAGCAAAUUCAUAUUGAUCAAUCUGUUUCAAGAUUACAACAUGAUCCAUACACCUAUGAGUCACAUGAUUCAAAUGAAUGUGAUGUAACAUUUCCCGGAUGGGGUGAUACAUGGUCUGUGGAAUAUCUAUCACAACAUAUAUCUUUUGAGUACUUCGGUUCACUUGUGUCAGAACUGAUGAAAGACAAAUUUUAUGUGAGAAACUUCACAAUGCGUGGAGCUCCAUAUGACUUUAGAAAAUCACCAGAUGAUAACAAACAAUUUGUAAUGAAAUUCAAACAUUUAGUAGAAGAAACUUAUACAAAUGGAUUGGAUCGACCAGUUGUUCUAUUAGGCCACAGUUUGGGUAGUCUGUACACAUUAUACUUUCUCAAAAAUCAAACUAAACAUUGGAAACAAAAGUAUAUUAAAUCAUUCCUAUCUGUAUCAGCACCACUUGGUGGAACAGUUAACGCACUUAUGUCCGUAACUAGUGGUGAGAAUUUAGGCGUAUUUAUUCAAAAUCCAUCACUAUAUCGAGAUGUAAUCCGUACAAUGACGUCAGUAAUUGCUGUACUACCAAAUCCUAAACUAUGGUCUAAAGAUGAGAUUUUAAUUGUUACACCGUUUAAAAAUUACACAGUUCACGAUUAUCCAGAAUACUUCAGUGAUUCCAAUUAUCUUACAGGAAUAUGUACGUAGUCGGGAAUACAUAUACAGUUGACAAAUAAAUCAUGGAGUUCGCGAUACCAUAAAGAUGCUUAAUACAUUGGAAAUUCAAAUUUACUAGGUUGUGGAUCAUUACUGACUGAGACGAUUUGAGUAUUGCCUAUUCACACCUAGACAAUCCCAACCCCUAACCAUAUUGCUGAAAAGCAUAGAGGUUUAGAAGAAUAUUAUGGGUGGACGGUUCAAUGGAUAAACCUUGCGAUUAUUUGUCUAAAUCAUGUUCGAAGUUAUGAUCCUAUGGUGGCAGAUGUUGCAUGAUAUUGAUCGCAAUAACACAGUAGUAAUCAUUGUGUACUUCUAUAAAUUAUGAGUUCGAUGUCAUUCCAUAUUAUUCAAUCUCCCAUCUGGUGUAUUUCUUUUUUGAAAUAUUUUCCUCAGUUAUAAACUAUUCACACGUUACCUAUCUGCAUUCGACCCACUCGAAGCUCCCGAACAUGUACCUGAAGUCUACUGUAUCUAUGGUUCUGGACUAUUAUCAGUGGAACAAGUCAUUUACAAAUCACCUAGUCUCUUCAUUUCAGCAUUUCCAAAUCAAUCACCCAGAAUUAUAUAUGGGGAUGGCGAUGGUACAGUGAAUCUACGCAGUUUAAAAGUUUGUACAAAAUGGCCCACAGCUAAAGUAGUUGAAUUCAUUACUUCUGAACAUAGACCAAUUUUGAGUGAAAGGCGAUUUAUUGAUUUUGUGAAACAACAUAUGAAUAUCUAACCUUAAUAGUAUUAUAACUAUCAUUAUUAUUUCUACUGUUUAUACUAAUAUGUUUAUUAUUAACAGUAAAUCCUAUAUGACCAACUAUUUUCAUUGUUUUAUUCAAACAUAUUGAUUUUCAUAUCUUGAACAAGCACAAACAACAGUUGUGAGUUGG